CCCCCCCCCGCAGCUCCUACGGAGCGAAAUCCCCAAAUCCCUUCGGGAAAAGGAUGGCGGCGGCACCUACCCAGAUCGAAGCUGAACUGUAUUACCUGAUUGCCAGAUUCUUGCAGUCCGGACCCUGCAACAAAUCCGCACAGGUGCUAGUGCAGGAGCUCGAGGAGCAUCAGCUGAUUCCGCGCCGGUUAGAUUGGGAGGGGAAAGAGCAUCGAAGAAGCUUCGAGGAUCUGGUGGCAGCCAAUGCACAUAUUCCUCCAGACUACCUCCUUAAAAUUUGUGAGCGAAUUGGUCCCUUACUAGAUAAGGAGAUACCUCAGAGUGUUCCUGGGGUGCAGACUUUAUUAGGUGUUGGUCGGCAGUCUCUGUUACGGGAUGCCAAAGACUGUAAGAAUACACUAUGGAAUGGGUCUGCUUUCGCAGCUCUCCAUAGAGGCAGACCUCCAGAACUACCUGUAAAUUAUGUGAAACCUCCAAAUGUGGUGAAUAUCACCUCUGCCAGACAGUUAACUGGAUGUAGUCGCUUCAGCCAUAUUUUCCCUUCAUCUGCUUACCAGCACAUUAAAAUGCAUAAGAGAAUUCUGGGGCACCUAUCCUCAGUCUACUGUGUAGCAUUUGAUCGAAGUGGGAGAAGAAUUUUCACUGGUUCCGACGAUUGUUUGGUGAAAAUUUGGGCUACAGAUGAUGGACGCCUCCUUGCUACACUUCGUGGACAUUCUGCUGAAAUUUCUGAUAUGGCCGUUAACUAUGAAAAUACUCUCAUUGCCGCAGGCAGCUGUGAUAAAGUUGUAAGAGUGUGGUGUCUUCGAACCUGUGCACCAGUUGCUGUCCUUCAGGGGCAUUCGGCUUCUAUUACUUCAAUACAGUUUUGUCCAUCAACAAAAGGCACAACUAGAUACCUCACUUCUACUGGUGCAGAUGGCACAAUCUGUUUCUGGCAAUGGCAUGUAAAAACAAUGAAGUUUAGAGAUCGCCCAGUGAAAUUUACUGAACGAUCCAGACCUGGAGUACAGAUAUCGUGUUCAUCUUUCAGUUCUGGUGGUAUGUUCAUUACAACAGGUAGCACGGACCAUGUGAUUAGAAUAUAUUAUUUGGGUUCUGAGAUUCCUGAGAAAAUUGCUGAAUUAGAGUCACAUACGGACAAGGUUGUUGCUGUUCAGUUCUGUAACAAUGGAGACAGUUUAAGAUUUGUUAGUGGCAGUCGAGAUGGAACAGCAAGAAUUUGGCAGUAUCAGCAACAAGAAUGGAAAAGUAUAGUGCUAGAUAUGGCUACUAAAAUGACUGGGAAUAAUUUGCCAUCUGGUGAAGACAAGGCCACUAAACUUAAGGUGACUAUGGUUGCCUGGGAUCGCUAUGAUACCACAGUUAUUACUGCAGUGAACAAUUUCCUUUUGAAAGUAUGGAAUUCUUUCACAGGGCAACUUAUUCAUACUUUAUCUGGUCAUGAUGAUGAAGUAUUUGUUUUGGAAGCACAUCCUUUUGAUCAAAGGAUCAUACUUUCAGCAGGUCAUGAUGGGAACAUUUUCAUUUGGGACCUUGACCAGGGGACCAAGAUUAGGAAUUAUUUUAACAUGAUCGAAGGGCAAGGACAUGGUGCAGUAUUUGACUGUAAAUUUUCUCCAGAUGGAAACCAUUUUGCUUGCACAGAUUCUCAUGGGCAUUUGCUGCUUUUUGGUUUUGGAUGCAGUAAAUACUACGAAAAGAUUCCAGAUCAGAUGUUCUUCCACACGGAUUAUCGACCUCUUAUUCGUGAUGCCAACAACUAUGUAUUGGAUGAACAAACCCAACAAGCUCCUCACCUUAUGCCUCCCCCGUUCUUAGUGGAUGUUGAUGGAAAUCCUCAUCCCACAAAAUUCCAAAGACUAGUACCAGGACGGGAAAAUUGUAAAGAUGAACAACUUGUACCACAGCUGGGAUAUGUAGCUAAUGGUGAUGGUGAAGUGGUAGAACAGGUAAUUGGGCAACAAACUAAUGAUCAAGAUGAGAGCAUUCUUGAUGGAAUAAUCAGGGAAUUACAAAGAGAACAAGACCUGAGACUAAUUAAUGAAGGAGAAGUUCUUCACUUUCCAAUUAAUAGAUCAUAUUCAUCUAAUGGUGCUCAGAGAAAUCCAAAUCUUGACAUAUCUUCCCCAAAUAUUGGGCUCCGACGUAGUGGUCAAAUUGAGGGUGUCCGACAAAUGCAUAACAAUGCUCCUCGGAGCCAGAUGGCCACCGAACGAGAUCUCAUGGCAUGGAGUAGAAGAGUAGUGGUCAACGAACUAAAUAAUGGUGUUAGUAGAGUUCAGGAAGAAUGCCGAACUUCAAAAGGUGACAUAGAAAUCAGUCUUUAUACAGUUGAAAAGAAAAAAAAGCCAUCUUAUGCUAUCCUGAGGAAUGAUCUCCAGCCUAGCUAUGGGCGGUCUUUACGAAGGACACAGCGUAAACGCCAGCAUACUUAUCAAACACGCUCCAAUAUAGAGCAUAAUUCACAAACAUCAAGUCAAAAUUCAGGUGUACAGGAUGAUUUAGACAGCUCCUCAGAAGAGGAUGAAACAAUGGGCACAAGUGAUGCUUCUGUAGAGGAUCCUGUUAUUGAAUGGCAAAGCGAAAGUUCUUCUAGUGAUUCCUCAAGUGAGUAUUCCGAUUGGACAGCAGAUGCUGGAAUAAAUUUGCAACCGCCAAAACGGCAAACCAGACAGACAACACGGAAAUGCAGCACCUCUGAAGAUGAGAAUUUGAAGUCACUAGAGGAACGGCAAAGGAAAUCUAAACCGACUAAAAAGAAGAGAGGAGGACUGGUUUCUAUAGCAGGUGAGGCCAAUGAAGAAUGGUUUGCCCCUCAGUGGAUCUUGGAUACCAUACCACGCCGUUCCCCAUUUGUCCCACAAAUGGGAGAUGAGCUUAUCUAUUUUAGGCAAGGACAUGAGGCUUAUGUGAGAGCUGUAAGGAAGUCAAAAAUAUACAGUGUUAAUUUACAAAAACAGCCGUGGAACAAAAUGGAUCUCAGGGAACAAGAGUUUGUUAAGAUUGUAGGAAUCAAAUAUGAGGUUGGGCCACCUACACUAUGCUGCUUGAAGCUUGCAUUUCUGGACCCCAUUUCAGGAAAAAUGACUGGAGAAUCAUUUUCUAUAAAAUAUCAUGACAUGCCAGAUGUCAUUGACUUUCUUGUACUACAUCAGUUUUAUAAUGAAGCCAAAGAAAGGAAUUGGCAGAUUGGUGACAGAUUCCGAAGUAUAAUAGAUGAUGCCUGGUGGUUUGGAACUGUGGAGAGUCAGCAGCCUUUUCAGCCAGAGUAUCCUGAUAGCUCUUUCCAGUGUUAUAGUGUUCACUGGGACAAUAAUGAGAGAGAAAAGAUGAGUCCGUGGGAUAUGGAGCCAAUUCCAGACGGAACUGCCUUUCCAGAAGAAGUUGGUGCUGGAGUUCCUGUAUCCCAGGAUGAACUGACAGCUUUGCUAUACAAACCCCAAGAAGGAGAGUGGGGGGUUCAUUCCAGAGAUGAGGAAUGUGAACGGGUCAUUCAGGGCAUUAACCACCUUAUUUCUUUGGAUUUUGCCAGCCCAUUUGCUGUUCCAGUGGAUCUUAGUGCCUAUCCCUUAUAUUGCACUGUAGUUGCUUAUCCAACUGACCUCAACACCAUCAGGCGCAGACUUGAAAAUCGCUUCUACAGGAGAAUAUCAGCAUUAAUGUGGGAGGUGCGCUACAUUGAGCAUAAUGCCAGGACUUUCAAUGAGCCAGAUAGUCCCAUAGUUAAAGCAGCCAAAAUUGUAACUGAUGUCUUACUUCGGUUUAUUGGGGAUCAGAGCUGUACUGAUAUAUUGGAUACUUAUAAUAAAAUUAAAGUAGAAGAACUAAACAGUACUGAUGCAGAAGAGGAUGCAGAAAUACUUGAUUUAGAUUCAGAUGGCCCGGGUACUUCAUCUGGAAGAAGAGCAAAAUGCCGAGGCGGAAAACAGACUUUGAAGUGUAAUCCCGAUACUUGGAGAAAACAGUGCAAAGAGCUAUUAAGCCUCAUAUAUGAACGUGAAGACUCAGAGCCAUUUCGACAGCCAGUUGAUCCUCUUUCUCUUCUAGGUCAUCAAGGGCAAGAUGGAGAAACCUCAGAGUCACUUAUUGCAGAAAGACAGCAAAAUUCAUCUCUCUCUGAGGAUUAUCAAGAUGCUAUAGACACUCCUAUGGACUUCAGCACUGUGAAAGAAAUUUUGGAAGCAGGAAACUACAGUAGUCCUCUGGAAUUUUAUAAGGAUGUUCGCCAAAUAUUCAGCAACUCCAAAGCUUAUACCUCUAAUAAAAAGUCAAGGAUCUAUAGUAUGACACUGCGAUUGUCUGCCUUAUUUGAAAGUCAUAUUAAAAAUAUCAUCUCUGAAUAUAAGUCAGCAUUCCAGAGUCAGAAGAGGAGAAAACCACGAUAUAGAAAACGACUAAGAAGCAGUAGCAGUUCUCCAUCUAGUAGCCGAGCUCCUAGUCCAAAAGGGAAACAGAAGCAAAUGAAGUUGCAACCUAAAAAUGACCAGAAUACCUCAGUAUCUUGUGCCAGGACUAGCUCUCCUUUCUCAUCUCCUGAUGCUGCUGAGGGGCUUUCACUGUAUCUACUUGAUGAUGAUUUAGAUGGCCCGUUUUCUUCAUCGAGUUUCAGUGGAUAUAGCCGAAAUGGAAAUAGCCAAGAUCCAGGGAAAGCCAAAUCAUUUCGUAAUAGAACUUCACCAAUUAAACAAGAUCACUCUCUUGAUGGAUUGGAUCAGUCCCUUACAAAUGGUGAUGGCAGAGAGCCCCGGACAGGAGUAAAAAGAAAACUGCUUCUUGCUUCUGAAGAAGAUGAAAGCAUAGGACAAGAAGAGAAAGAGAAGAAAGAAACAAAAGAGAAAUCACAUUUAUCCUCCUCAGAAAGUGGUGAAUUAGGAUCUAGUUUAAGUUCUGAAAGUACCUGUGGUUCUGAUUCUGACUCUGAAUCAACUUCAAGAACUGAUCAAGAUUAUGUAGAUGGAGACCACGACUAUAGUAAAUUCAUACAAACCAGACCUAAAAGAAAACGCAGAAAACAAUAUACCAAUGGAAAAAGAAACUGGAAGAGGAGAGGCAUGGGAGGAAGGGGAAGAUGGGGCAGAUGGGGUAGAUGGAGUAGAGGAGGCAGAGGAAGAGGAGGCAGAGGACGAGGGGGUCGAGGAAGAGGUGGUGGUGGCACUAGGGGAAGAGGGAGAGGAAGAGGAGGAAGAGGUUCUUCUAGAGGAGCCACCAGAGCCAAACGUGUACGUACUGCAGACGAUGAAUUUGAUACCUUAUUUUCAGGACGUUUCAGUAGACUGCCUCGAAUUAAAACAAGGAACCAAGGCAGGAGGACUGUUUUAUAUAAUGAUGAUUCUGACAACGAUAAUUUCGUGUCCACUGAAGAUCCUCUGAAUCUUGGUACAUCCAGAUCAGGCAGAGUACGUAAAAUGACAGAAAAAGCCAGGGUUAGUCAUCUCAUGGGAUGGAAUUAUUAACAAUUAAUAAAUGUAUACUAAUUUAAAAAAUUCAAUGGCCUUCUACUGCAGGGAAUUUACCAGGAAAUUUACAAAGCAAGUUGUGUGGGAACUUCCGAUUCCUUUCACAUUGGUGCUUUUCCAUAAUUCCAGUAUAAGUGUGUUUCAAGACUUUAAACCUCCACACUUCCAUUUGUUCAAAUAAGCCUUACUCAUUAGGCCUUAAAUGAAAAAAAUCUUCACACACACACACACACACACACACACUACAGAUUUACUAUAUAAAGGAGCAUCCGGCUUCUUAAGAGUAGCAUGAAAUUUUUAUCUCAAUUGAAUAUCCCUCUUUUCUUUUAUAACAUAGGAGUUUAGCAUCUUCUUAAAGAGUUUUAUAUAAUUUGUUUUUGCCAUUUUGAUUCCUGUACCCAGUAAUAACUUUUGCACAAUACACCAAUCCUAAAGGCAGCUAUUAAAUGUUUACACUUUCUAUAUUGUUAGAACGAUCUGGAUUAUUUUAUUGUUCCUAGGCCAAACUUUCAUGCAUUGUACUAAACUGAAGUAUAUAUUUAUACUACAGUUUUUUUUGGGGGUGGGGGAAAUCUUGAUAUGCUUUUAAUUGAUUUGCUUAACUCAUAUUAAGGAUGAGAAAGGGUUGGUGCCUUGUAAAUAUGUAGCUGAUAUUUGUAGUGUAUUCUGAUGUGUGCAUUAACUUUAUUUAAAAAAAAGAAUACUUGAGAUAACAAUUUAGACAAGGUGCCAAAUGCAAAAGUUUCUUGCAUCCAUUUUCCUUUAUAUUUUAUUGCAUUAAUAGAGCUUGUGUAACAUAAAAAAUAGCUUAAAUAUUUGAAAAAUCCUCAUCUACAAAGUAUACUUCUUUAAAUAGUAGCUCAGCUACCUCUUUUAACUAUAACUACUGGAAACAUUAAGGAAAAUAGAUGCUUUUAUUCAUUACUAAGGAGAAAUAGAACAAGCUUGGUAGGAAUGAAUACCCCUAAAUUAUAAGCUGGAGGUUGUUAAUAAACCAUAUGUGCUCUCAAAAAUCAUAAUUAACGAACUUUCAUAAGUAUAGUAUGCUCUAUCUUAGUUUUUUCUUAAAACUCUUUAAAGUAUACCUGGGCAACUGCUUAUGUAUCCGCGCUACCAAUAUUUAACAUCUGUAAAUGACUGGCUUUCAAAUGAAUUUUAAGUGUCACCAAGCACCUAGUUUGAGUUGGAAUGUUUUGGCUAGCUCAUAUUUUGAAUGAACUAUAAUGGGUUCUGUUCAUACCAUUCCAAAGGGGCCAUCUGUUAUAAUCUUUCAGAAAGGAACCUUAUUGCACUGCACACUGGUAUUUUGAGUCAUUAUUUUAUAGAUUUUUUUAAAAGUCUUUAAAACCCUUAGAGUCUUGUUUACAGCAAUAGAGUGCACAUAGUUCCAUAAGUGAACUUGAGUUCCAAGAUCAGUUUUACUCUUUAAAUUUGAGAGAUUGUAAAUUUGCUGAUUUGUUAGCUACAUAGUUUUUUUGUUUUUUGUUUAUUUGUUUUUUUGGUGAGAGGAAUACUAUUGAUCUGGUUUUUGUUAAUGUUGUUGUGUGGAUAAUAGAUUUGUUGCACUUAGAUCAGACUUGUGGGAUAAAUGAAACUUCUUAAUGUAUGCCUACUAAUCUUGAGUAUUUUUAAGGUAACGUGUUUUAUGCUUUCAAUCAUAUAUUGAAUCUGAAGAUCCUUAAGUGCAGAGAAAUGAGUAUACACAUAUCUUUUGCUUUUUUGGUUGGCUCAGUUAGGGGUUAUUCUAAGACUAACAACACUGUUUUACAGUUUUCACUUGCUGUAGAAAUGAUGUUCAGGCUUUAAGUAUUGUGAAUUUUAAUGGCACUAACUUCUACUACUAGAUAAAUAGUUCAAGCUAAUUUUUUAUUGUCUAUUUUUUUCCAAAAGGAAGUCAAAACUAUUUCUGGUUGUAACUCAGCUGCCACAUUCAGCCACAGUGUAAAUUAUAAAAAAAUCGUAUUUGAGAUUCUCUAUUUGAUUUUACUAAAAUAUACUUUCAGUUAUUCAUCUCUUGGGAAUUUAGACCAAAUUUAUACCUCUGCUUUCUGAGAAUCACUAAGACCUUGGCAUAUCCUAAUAAAAGUAACAUAGUUAUUUAUAUUUUUGGAUAUACCCAAAUAUGCAAAAUGUGUGUCUUAUUAGUAUGAACACUUUUAUUGGUAUUUAAGCUGACAUCUUGAAAUGUAGAUGAAUUGCCAUUUGUGUGACUUUACUUAUAUCAAGCUUUAUUUAUAAUUUAUUUUGAAAAAUAAAAAUGCCACAUUUAUUUCCCAAAUGUCAAGAUUUUCUAGGUUUAGGUAAUUAGAAUAAGACUGAAGGCAUUUUAAAGCAUAUUUUAUAUGUAGUAAAAUACUGUGAAAAUACUAGUGAGCAGCAUUUUGUUUUAAUGUUGAGUUUAGUUAUUAGGAUUUAAAGAGUUAGUAAACAGGGUAUGUUAGAUGAGUAUAGUUAUCAUUUAUUACAGAACAAACAGAUCAUUUUCUGUUUGCAUGCAAAUUAUUUUAGUAAGUAUGAAAAUUAAGUUUGGAAGAUAAUAUUUUUACUUUUGUACCUGGACUCUUCCCUCCCAGGCUCCCAGCUAAUUUGUACUUUGAUCUCUUUUUGGUAACACUGCCUCUUAUCAAUGUGUUUUAAUGUGUAUCACAUUGACUAAAGGGUCACUUAGUUUUGUAGAGUCCCUUUAAACCAAAAGAAGAUCUGGGUUCAAUCAUAACAAGGCAGGUAAUAGGUAAGCAGGUAAGCUAAAAUUUUGGAGAAAAAUCUAAAUUUUAAAUUAAUUGCUAAGAAAAAAAACAAUACUCUAUAUGUCCAGGAGAGCACACACAUGUAUAAGCCCAAUAUUGCGCUGUUUAUUAAUAAGUGACCUGUAUUUUUCUCAAAAUGCUAAUGAUAUUUUAAUUCACAGCUAAACAUCUAGCAUUGUAUAUGUUUAUGAAAAGAGAAUUGUGUGUUUCCUCUGUGGCUUACUGUAUGUCUCUUACAGCAAUAGUAUGCUCUCCAAGCAUUCACUAGCCUGUUAGCUUAAUGAUUAAAUUUAUUGUGUGUGUGUGCACACACGUGUGUAUGUGUGUUUUUUUUUUCAAUUUGACAGACUUUAUUUCAGACAUUAAAAUUUUUGUAUGGAAAAGAACUAUAUUUCAUUCUACCAAUUAUUUGACUCUUAUAAAGUGCUUAGCCCAUAUAUAUAGAACUUGUUCAUCUAUUUCAUAAUGCCUUCCAAACAGUGUAGG